CGGCAACCUUGUUGGAAAUAAUGCAGGGCCCGCUUCGAAUUCCCGGUUCGCGUUAACCAGCACUUUUGCAACGGUAAACGUUCAUGGAGAUCAUGGGGAAACGACAACGAGUAAAGACAACGACAGUGGUUUUGUCAGGUUCAACAUGCACCACAACACGGGUAUAUUUGGCGUUCCGGGUGAACCUCCCACUGGUGGGCAGAUCGUGAAAAGGGUCGCCUGUUCGGGCGAAGAUUUGGAGCGGAUGAUAAAAAAGCACACGACCAUAAUCGACAGCAACAACCAGCACUUCACAGAGGACGAGAAAGAAUCUCCAAAAGAACAACAGGACGAAGUACCAGCCACCUGGUGCGACUACAUUGCCGAGGAAAUCUAUGGAAGUGUCAGGUUUGAAAUCGCCAAAGUUGUUGAAAUAAUUUGUGAUGCAUAAAAUGCAUAGCGCGAAAUACGUGUGUUGCAGAGCAGGCAAGGGAGGCCGAUUGCAAGCCUGUUCGGGGUUAGAACUCGAGCUGCUAAAGUAGCAUGAGAAAAUCAGCCAUCUUUGCCUAAACAGCAUGACAAACUGGAUUUAGGCAUCACCAAAAUUUGUCAUGCGCCACUUAGAAACUGGGUUCCAACUCGCAUCCAUUUUAUGCGUCACAAACUAUUUCAACUUUGACGAUUUCAAUCCUGACAGUUCCAUAAAAUCCUGAUCAACCUAUUUCUAACCCACGCAGCGAAGCCUUGCGUCGCCCAGAUGACGCGGGCUGUGUUUUUUCUCGGAAAUAAAGAGUGGGGUGAUAAUCAUAAUGCUGCUGCUGGU